AAUAUUAAAAAUAUCAAAAUAUUAAUAUAAUAUUAAUAUAUAAUAUUAAUAUUACUUAUAAAAUGUUUCACCAUAGCGUUAAGAUUUAUUGUUGUCACCGGUUUAUCCUUUGAAAAAUGGAAAAAGUGAUUUCUCUACUUGGAGUCAAUGAAUGGAUGUUAACGAUUAAAUUCAAGCUUUAAGAAUCCAAUAUUACAUGUAUUUUUGAUUUGUAAAAUGUUGCAUGAGAUCCUAUUGUCACUUUGGGGAUGCUCAACCAGUGUAUCCCAAAUAAUUGAAAUAGAUUCUAUAGACCUUGAUAAAUAUUUACAUCCUGGUGAACGAGCACUACUUAAUGAUAUAUUAAAUAUUGUAAAGGAAUGUAACGUCAUAAGGAAUUUUAUACAAACAGUACGCAGCGAGGAUACAAAAGAAUUUGUAGUCCCUGGUCUGUACAUACGUGCUCUGUGUGAUGGAAUGGAUGAAGCACUAGAACCAUUUCGUGAAGAAAUAAUUGAAUUGGAGAAUACAGUCUUAAACAACAGUCAUACUCCUCUGUCGUUAAUUCUUUCCAGUGUUGAAAGAUAUACUUGUUUAUUCUCUGUUUUGCAUUCUAUCAUUCGUGAGAUUCAUACACAGAACCUCCAUGGUUGCAAAUUAUUGCAAUGUUUGCAUCAACGUAUGCAUACUGGUAUACCAGAGAUCAAGUCCACUCUGGAAUUGAUGGCUCACUCUGUUAACAUUGUUUUCUACAAACAUCUAACAAGCUGGCUCUUGUAUGGACAUUUACAAGAUGCUUACAGAGAGUUCUUCAUACAAAAAACAUCGGAUUGUGAGAAAACAUUGGUACAAGAAGAUGGAAAGAACGACAUUGAUGCACGUGAAUCAGCAGACAGUGACAAAUUUGGCAUUGAUAUGUGGGAUUAUAAAAUUCAAGUGGACAUGCUUCCAUCUUAUAUCAAACCAUCGCUGGCAAAUAAAAUUCUGACCAUUGGUCAAACUGUCAUUAUGUUUGGAAAUGACCCUAGACAGAAAAAAGAUUUCAGCAUGAUGGCCAAGACAAAGAAUUCCGUAUGGGGCGACAAGGAAUACGAGUACUUCGGAAAACUUCAGAAUCUCCAGGCAAAGUCCGUUUUCAACAUCGUCGAAUUCGAUCGCACAAUCAACGAAUUGAAACAAUGCGUGACUGAACUUCUGUGGCACGUUGCUGUCGAAGAGGCGCAACUAAUGCAACAACUCAAACUGGUGAAAGAAUUCUUUUUGAUGGGACGUGGCGACCUGUUUUUAGAAUUCAUCAAGCUUGUGGCACACAUUCUGAACAAAGCGCCCACUAAUCACACGUCCAGGGAUAUUAAUUUCGCGUUUCAAGUAGCGUUGAGAAAGAUGCAUUUGAACGAUGAGAGCGCUAUCGAUAGCUUUAAUUUCACGGUGCCUGUGCCACCUUCCGAAAACAAGGACACCGAUACAGACGCCACUGAUUUUUCUGAUAAUGAAAAACAAGAUCCUAACGAGAAACGUGGAUGGGGAAUGAUCACAUUGAAAUAUAAAGUUGUUUGGCCAUUGCAUCUAUUGUUUAGUCCAGCUGCGUUAAACGAUUACAACACUUUGUUUCGCUUUCUGUUAAGAGUUAAAAAGACUCAGAUAGAUCUAUGGAAUCUGUGGAGCGAACGUAUGCAUCAUAAAAAUGUUGUUUUUACUUGCAGCGACAUUGGCGUAAUCCAGUUGAGAAAUAACUUGAUCUUCAUUGUUGACAACUUGCAGUAUUAUUUGCAAGUGGAUGUCUUGGAAAGCCAAUAUAUCGUAAUGGAAACAAGUAUGAAGAAUACACGAAAUUUCGAGGACAUACAGAAAGCGCAUUCUAUAUUCUUGGCUAACGUCAUGUCGCAAACCUUUUUAUUAGGCAGUGGAACAGGAAAAAAGAAUCCUGUAUAUAAAUUGAUAAAUCUUUUGUUACGGUUGUGCGACGAUUUUAUCCUACAAGCGUCGAUGUGGGAAGUUGACAAUUUACUUUUAACAGAGAAAGAUGAGCUCAACACGUUAUGUGAAACACUCGAUAGUGUAAUGAACUGGUUAACAAAGACAUUGAACAGAGUUCGUGCGCAACCCAGUGGAGAAUAUUUGGCUCGAUUGCUGUUGAGACUCGAUUUCAAUAGAUGGUUCAGUAAAAAAGUGGAAGGGAAGUGAAAACUAUAUGAAUUACAAAUCAAGAAGUUUAUUGUUAGAAAAAAAACGACACUGUUGCAUCCUUUUCAUAAAUUAUCUUCAAACAACGAUAAAUCACGAAAUGCAGCAACAAAGAUGCUAUUAAUAGUAACUUCUAUUAUUCAAAAGUAAAAUACAUGAAAAUUUUUCGAAUAAAGACUAAUUUAUGUAAGA